UGGCUCACUCUAUCGUGUCUUUUUUUCAGAUGAUCUGUACGGCUUCCUUCUAGUUUGCAAAGACCCAAACAUUUCAUUUGUUCCCGUUCCUCACCGGCACUAACUGCGCAUGCGCGGCUAUUCGGCGUGGUUUUGUUAGGAAACAGACGCUGGUGCUCCGGAGGCGCCGAAACAACCAUGGCUGAAGAAAGUAACAGUGGAAACACGCCUCCUGCGUUUACUUUCGGCGACGAAGCAACUCCGAGCACAAGCCAGGAAUUCUUGCAAGGCACUUCGUGCACUUCCGACUGUUGCACUACGUCAUAUACAUGUCGCCGAAAGCGGUAUCACCAGUUCCCUACCUAUGGUGUCCAGCAGCAGCAUCAAUCACGCACAGCCCAGUACAAGCCGCGCUUGCAUGGAGGAAGCAUCGGCCAUUCCGGAAAACCUUGCUAGCCUUUCUGACGACGCCUGGCUUUACCAAUGGAACACUCAGUAGAGGCCAAUAACCGACGGGACUUACAACGUCGACGGUGUCACUGACAAUGGGAGCACAAGUUACCUGCACCUGGGGUCUAGCAACAGCUUUGAUCACGCAUGGCCCAGCACAAGCCGCACAGGCUUGGAGCAAGCAUCAACCAUUGUAGAAGGCAGCGACAGCCAUGUCGCCUGCUUGCCGCGUGAAGCGCCGCCUGCAAGCUUCUCCUCAGCAGCGUCUCAUGAGGCCUUCAAGAUGCAAGCCUGUAAAUUUCCAAGGCCACUUCUGUUCAGGCGGAGCGCGUCCAGAUAGACACGCUGGCUGCAGGCCUGCUGCUUCGUCUUCGCAACGCCCCGAAUGGAAUGACAGCACCAAGGUCCCGGCUACCUUUGACAAGUUCUGCACAAAAGAGGCGCACAAAAGGGAACGUGCUUCUGCCAAGGCACCUAGAAGGACAGGACGGGGUGCGGAUGGUCUGGUGGAGAUGGACCCAAAGGGAGAAGCGACCAAAUCACGUACGCCCGGUGGGUUGGCCCCCCUCGAGCUCCCGGACUUCUCUUUCCUCGUCAAGAAAGGAUGCUUCUCUCCUGACUGUUCGGACCCGAGCCAUUUUCAGUGUUAUCCUAAAAAAAACCUCGCAUGUUGUAGCUGCCACCUCAUGGCGCAACCCUUUUAAUUGACAUCCGUAUACUUACGUGUUUUUAAUACUCAUUUUAAGACAAACGUGAUUUUAUACCCGCUACCUACCUGAUUUUACCUACGUUUUUACUUGCCCUUGCCUAUACCCGAUUUUAAACAUGUUGACGACGCCUAUUUUAUUUCUUCGGGUUUUAUUGUAAUAAGAGUCGUGAGGUGGCGGUAAAUGUUACCUAGCGUGCAGCACUCCUGUUUGCGUAGCGUGCAGCACGCAAUGAUUCCACUCGUGGGUAUGUGGCGGACAAGAACUUUUGACCAUAUUACAGCCGGUAGAUAAUCUCUUGAUGUGCAUGUUGCUCUACUCGUGGGUGCAGCGCGGCAAAGAUGCAUGUCAUCGUCUCCUGGCGUUGUUUAGAGCUAAUA